AUGUUAAACAAGAUUUUCCUGCUGCUGUUCCUUCAGCUGAGCAUCCUAGGAACCACUCACGGUGGGAAAAUUCUGAUAUGGCCAGUGGAAGGCAGUCACUGGCUAAAUAUCCAGAUAAUUAUAGACGAGCUGAUUAAAAAAGAGCAUAAUGUGACUGUCCUCGUUGCUUCUGGUGCCCUCUUCAUCACACCAACUUCCAAAUCAUCUCUGACAUUUGAAAUAUAUAAGGUACCCUUUGGCAAAGAUAGAAUCGAAGAGGUGAUCAAGAACUUUGUUCUGACGUGGCUAACACAUAGACCAUCACCCGCUACCAUUUGGAGAUUCUAUCAAGAAAUGGCCGUUGUCAUCCAGGACUUCCACACGGUCUGCAGGGAAAUCUGUGAUAGUGUUCUACAAAACCCGAAGCUGAUGGAAAGGCUGAAGAAAGGCAACUUUGAGGUCCUCAUAUCCGACCCAGUAUUUCCUUGCGGUGACAUCAUCGCUUUGAAACUGGGAAUUCCGUUUAUGUACUCCUUGAGGUUUUCGCCAGCCUCCACAGUGGAGAAGCACUGUGGGAAGGUACCAUACCCUCCUUCCUACGUUCCAGCUGUUUUAUCAGAACUCACCGAUCAGAUGUCUUUUGCAGAUAGAAUAAGAAAUUUCAUAUCCUACCAUCUCCAGGACUACAUGUUUGAUACGCUUUGGAGCUCAUGGGAUUCAUACUAUAGUAAGGCUUUGGAUGGUAGCCACUGGUUAAAUAUUAAGAUCAUUCUAGAAGAAUUAAUUAAAAGGAACCACAGUGUGACUGUACUGGCUUCAUCAGCUACUCUAUUCAUCAACUCCAAAAUGGAUUCUCCUGUGAAUUUUGAGGUGAUACCUGUUUCCUUCAAAAAGAGGCACAUAGAUGCUUUAAUUGAACAUAUGAUAAUGCUAUGGAUAGACCACAGACCAACUCCUCUCACACUCUGGGCUUUCUACAAAGAAUUAGGCAAACUCCUAGAUACAUUCUUCCAAAUUAAUAUACAAAUCUGUGAGGGAGUAUUGAAUAACCCCAAGUUAAUGACAAAACUUCAGAAAGGUGGUUUUGAUGUGUUGGUAGCAGACCCAGUAACAAUCUGUGGUGAUCUGGUUGCUCUGAAACUAGGAAUCCCAUUUAUGUACACGCUGAGGUUCUCUCCAGCCUCCACAGUGGAGAGACACUGUGGGAAAAUUCCAGCACCCACCUCCUACGUGCCAGCAGCCCUGUCAGAGCUCACGGACCAGAUGACCUUUGGUGAAAGGGUUAAAAACACCUUAUCUUAUCCUCUGCAAGAUUAUAUAUUCCAAUCCUACUGGGGAGAAUGGAAUUCGUACUACAGCAAAGUUCUAGGAAAACCCACUACAUUAUGUGAGACAAUGGGGAAAGCUGAAAUUUGGCUAAUCCGAACAUACUGGGAUUUUGAAUUCCCUCGGCCAUACUUACCUAACUUUGAAUUUGUUGGAGGCUUGCACUGCAAACCCGCCAAACCUCUACCAAAGGAAAUGGAAGAAUUCGUCCAGAGUUCAGGUGAACAUGGUAUUGUGGUGUUUUCUCUUGGGUCAAUGGUCAAAAACCUCACGGAAGAAAAGGCCAAUCUUAUUGCCUCCGCUCUGGCUCAGAUUCCUCAGAAGGUUUUAUGGCGAUACAAAGGACAAAAACCAGCUACAUUAGGAGCCAAUACUCGACUCUAUGAUUGGAUACCCCAGAAUGAUCUUCUUGGUCAUCCCAAAACAAAAGCUUUCAUCACUCAUGGGGGAACAAAUGGACUCUAUGAAGCUAUUUAUCAUGGGAUCCCUAUGGUGGGGGUUCCCAUGUUCGCUGACCAGCCUGACAACAUCGCUCACAUGAAGGCAAAGGGAGCCGCUGUGGAUGUGAACAUGAACACAAUGACAAGUGCGGAUCUGCUCAAUGCUUUGAAGGCAGUCAUUAAUGACCCUUCCUAUAAAGAGAAUGCUAUGAGAUUAUCAGCCAUUCAUCACGAUCAACCUGUUAAGCCCCUAGAUCGAGCUGUCUUCUGGAUUGAGUUUGUCAUGCGCCAUAAGGGAGCCAAGCACCUUCGCCCGGCUGCUCACGACCUCACCUGGCUCCAGUACCAUUCCUUGGACGUCAUUGGGUUUCUACUCGUCUGUGUGGCAACUGCUCUAUUCUUGGUCACAAAAUGUUGUUUGUUUUCUUGUAAAAAACUUGGGAAAAGAGGAAAAAAGAAAAAGAGGGAAUAGAUUAGUCCAAUCUGGCAAAUAUUUGUGCAUAGAAAUUUCUGUUUAUUUUAGCCACAGGAAGCUUAAUAAAAAUAAAAAAGAAAGUAUCACCUCUAUAUUGUAGAAUACUCACCGAAUUAACAUAACCAAACGACAUGGUUCAAAAAUCAGUAAGAUCAUUAACUGUGUCCCAUUCUACCUUCAUCUUUUCCCAGGAUUUACCCUAUUUUUUGUUUCCUGAUACGGCCAUUAAUAGUAUGUUCUAUUCAUAACACCAAUAUUUUCCUUUUUUAACCUUGAAUGAUAUGCUAAAUAACAGUACGGUGACUUCUGAGGAGAGCACAACAUGUGAGCUGAAUUUGGUGGAUGUAGGAAAUUCAGAAGAGUAAAAUUCACAAUUCUCCAUAGAUCAUCCUAGCAGUAAACCAGCAUCAGAACUGUUUGCUGUGAGACAAGCAAAGAUUUGUCCUAUUUGCCCUAUGUUAUUGCAGCUACUUUGCAUAGGGUAUUAUAUUUGGAAAGGUUAACAUAAUUUUAUAAAAUUCAUCUUGAUAACCAAAACAUACAAUGUCACCUUUAGUAAAGCAAUUUAUAUCCUUUUGAACCUUUUUUGUACAAAUGACAGUUCUAGGAGUGGCUUCAAACAAUAGCAUGAAUAAAUGGAGUCAUUUUUUUCUUAGAGUUUCCUCAGCAAUAUGUCAAAGCUGAACCAUAAAAGUACUUUAUUAAUUUUAUGAAAUUUUUCUUACCCGUGCAAUUAUAAUCAUAAACCUAAAUAUCAGUUCAAUUCAUUGUGCAUACUGAUAACUAAAAUUUUCCAUGUAUAUCCUCUAUAGUCAAUGGUAAAAUUAUGAUCAAUAAUAAAAUUACUGUAGGAAAAUAAAUAUUUAAUCUAC